AAAUAAUCAAGCUAAGCAACGACGACGAGGGCACUUGAAUCAGAAAAUAAGACGACCCCCGACCGACGAUACGACAAAAAUUCGAUAACUUUUGUGAACCGAUAAACAUCUAAGUCAUGGCCCCCGCAGCAGCACAAGGUGGAAGGAAACAGAAGAAAAAGUGGUCCAAGGGAAAGGUCAAGGAUAAGGCUCAGCAUGCCGUCGUCGCCGACAAGACCAUUCAGGACAAGCUCAAUAAGGACGUUCAAACCUACCGUCUCAUCACUGUUGCUGUCCUCGAAGGCGCUAGCAGACUUGGAGGAGAAGGGCGUUAUCAAGAAGGUUGUCGGCCACUCAAAGUUGUCGAUUUAUACUCGCGCGGUUGCGGCGGCGGAGUAGUCUCUUUGUGAAAUAAUGGGUUUCUAUUAAAUCAAAAAAAAAGUAAAAGGUCAAAUUUUCUAUCCUUGCCACGUUCCAGAGGUUCUUUCUAGAAGGGUUUCUUCGCGUUUUACUCGGGAGGUCGGGCCGAAGGGGGGGACUAAGGCGGAUGGUUAUGUUUUUUUUUUUCUUGGCAGGGAACGUUAUCAGGCGCAUUCACGGGUUACAUAUCGGAAUUGAAAAUACGUUCGCUUGACACCGGAAA